AUGCUGCUGUUGCCACCAACACCCGAACAAAGAAUUCACACGAAAAAAAUUUUUAACGAGAGUGAAAAUGUUGAAAGGGACUUGGAGGAGAUUAAACAGUGGCUGAGGGAGCAACCACACCUUCCGGAUUCUUGGGACGACAGCCGCCUCCUAACAUUUUUGCGCGGUUGCCGCUUUUCCCUCCCCCAAUGCAAGAAAAAACUGGAAAUGUAUUUCACAGUUCGUUCCACAAUGCCUGAGCUUUUCUCCAAUCGCAAUAUUGCAAAUCCCGGCUUGCAAGAAGUCCUCGACGUUGCAGACGGAGCCGUCCUUCCUCAUCUCACCCCCGACUGUGGUCGUGUUUCAAUUAUCAGAGCCGCUCGUCCACACUUUGAAACCCCAACGCCUUCCGAAUUCUUUAAAUUGGUUUUUAUGAUCGGAGAUCUUCGGCUCGAAUUGGAAGAAUUCGGAGUACCGUUUGAUGUGUAUAUUUUGGAUGCGGGGUUUCCCUGGUUCGGUCAUUUUCUCAAAGUGUCGCCAUUUUUGUUCCGGAAGGCUUUUAUUUGUAUACAGGAGGCGUAUCCGGUUGUUAUUAAAGAAGUGCACAUUGUUAAUGCCAACUCGUUUAUUGACUUUGCCAUCAGUUCGAUUAAACCGUUUUUGAAUGAAAGUCUGAGGAAUGCCAUUCAUGUACAUCGAAACGUUGAAACUUUGUAUGAUUUUGUCCCUCGGGAUAUCCUCCCGGAAGAAUAUGGUGGGAGUGGGGGUAAACUAACGGAUUUGAAACAAUCCUGGAUAAGGGAAUUGGAGAAAUCAACUCAAUGGUUUGAAGAACAGGAAGAUAUAAAAGCUUCAAUUAAAUCAACUAGUUUUUGGAGUGGUUUUUUCGGUUUAUGAUGUAGGCAACCAAAUAUACAAUAAAGAAUUUAAUUCGUGA